UGGCGGAAGUCUUAUCAGCGAACUAGGAGGAGCAAAGAGUAUCCAUCUUCUUAAGCAUCGUUUCAUUGUCUUCCUCGUUCCUGUUCAGACAUCGUCGUAACUUGCCAGAAUAUCAUCACGUCAACCUCGAGCGGUUGGAUGCCUUCCGUCAAUGGCUUCUGCGCACCCUUUCCACCUUCCGAUCCUUCGCCCCUCAGGACCGGUCAAGACAGGAUUUUGCCCGCGAGGCCAGCGAGUUUUGCCCGGAUCCCGUCGUGGGUCUCCCUCAACCGCACUUCUUCGGCCAAGCCUCCUCCCACCGCCCAGCAGGGCCAUGUGGAGAACUUGCAUUUGGUCUCCCUGUCCAGACAGGGGAAAUUCGAACAGGUCCAUGAGUUCAUCAAGAGCAUGGACGAGGCCGGCGUCGCCGUCAGUCCCUCCACGUAUAAAUCCCUCUUCGAAGCGUGUGGGGAGAUGGGGCUCUUAUCGGACGGAAGAUCGAUUCGCGAUCGGUUGAAGAACCCGCCUGGGUUUCUUGAAGAUUGCGCUCUCCAGAUGUACUGCGACUGCGGGAGCUUAUCGGAGGCGCGGAGACUGUUCGAUAAAAUGCCGGAGAGAAGUUCGUUCGCGUGGGGUACGAUGAUGUCAGCUUACGCGCAAAGUGGUGUUUUGGACAAAGCCUUUCAGUUGUUUUCGCUCUUGAUAGACUCUGGGGUUGGACCGAAAUUUUCCGUCUACACAAGUUUAUUGAGGUCAUUGAUGGACUCUUCUUGUUUGGAGAUUGGCAGACAGAUGCAUUCUCAUUUGAUAAGAACUGGGUCAGGUUCAAAUGCCUCGGUUGGCACGGCAAUUUGCAAUAUGUACGUUAAAUGUGGGUGGUUAGAGGGUGCCAGGAUCGUUUUUGAUCAGAUGGCGGAAAAGAAAGUGGUCGCUUGGACUGCAUUGAUGGUGGGGUGCACUGAGGCUAACAAGCAGAAUGAUGUUCUUCCUUUAUUUAUGAAAAUGGUCGAGGAAGGUGUGGAAUUGGAUGAGUUUGCAUUCUCUAUUGUUCUCAAAGCCUGCGCUUGGUUGGAGGACUUGAGAGUUGGAAGGCAAAUUCAUGGCUACAUUGUUAAGCUGGGAUUGGAAUCUGAAGUUUCUGUGGGAACUCCUCUCGUGGACCUUUAUGUGAAAUGCACGUGUUUCGAGUCUGCUCUCUUGGCAUUCCAGAAGAUAGACAACCCGAAUGAUGUUUCGUGGAGCACGUUGAUAUCUGGUUACUCUCAGUCUGGGAGAGUCGAGGAGUGCCUUAAAACUUACAAAUCUUUGAGAGUUAGAGAUGGAUCACUAAAUCCAUUCAUCUACACUAGCAUUUUCCAAGCAUGCUCCAUGCUUGCAGAUAUUAAUUCGGGUGCACAAGCUCACGCUGAUGCAAUAAAACGAGGUCUGAUCUCACCUUUAUAUGGGGAGAGUGCACUAAUCACCAUGUACUCUAAAUGUGGCAAUAUGGAUUAUGCCAGUCGAGUUUUCAAGUCAAUUAGUGAACCAGACACUAUAGCCUGGACUGCUAUAAUAGCUGGGUAUGCAUAUCAUGGCAUUGCUUCAGAAGCACUCAGGUACUUUAGGAAGAUGCAGGAUUCUGGUGCUAGGCCAAAUGGAGUCACUCUUGUUGCAGUCCUGACUGCUUGUAGCCAUUCCAGUUUAAUAACAGAGGCCAAGGGUUACUUGAAAUCGAUGAACAGUGAGUAUGGUGUUGCUCCUACAGUUGACCAUUUCAAUUGUAUGAUCGAUGUAUACUCUCGUGCCGGUUUACUUCAAGAGGCAUUUGAACUAAUUAAUAGUAUGAACUUUGAGCCUGAUGCAAUGAGCUGGAAAUGUUUACUUGCUGGAUGUUGGAACCAUAGAAAUCUUGAGCUUGGAAGGAUAGCAUCAGAGAAUCUUCUUCGGCUGAACCCGGAUGAUACUGCAGGUUACAUCCUCCUCUUUAACUUGUGCGUUUCGCAUGAGAAAUGGGAAGAAGCGGCAAGAAUUAGGAAGAAAAUGAUGGAAAAGAAAUUGAGGAAAGAGGUCAGUUGCAGCUGGAUUACGGUGAAGGGUAAAUGGCACAGGUUUAUAGUUGGGGACAGACACCAUCCUCAAACAGAGGAGAUUUAUGCAAAGCUGAAGGAAAUUGACUUUCUGGAUAGCAACAGUGGAGAUCGGUCCCAAUUAACUGAGGAGGAUGCAUCUUGUAUUUUGCCGGAGCGAAGACAACAGCUUCUUGAGCAUAGCGAGAGACUGGCAAUAGCAUUCGGGCUGCUCUCCUCGCCAAGGAAUUCGCCUGUUCUCAUUUUCAAGAAUCUUCGGGCUUGCAGAGAUUGCCACGAUUUUGCGAAGCAUGUGUCUACGGUCACCGAACGUGAGAUUGUAAUUAGAGAUUCGAGUAGGUUCCAUCAUUUUAAGCUUGGUCAGUGUUCUUGCUGUGAUUAUUGGUGAAUGUUGCACAUGCCGUCCUCUCUACUUACCUUGAUGGCCCAAGCUGCGUGACUGGUAGGUUACAGGAUGUCCGAUUUUGCUGUCCAUACGCACCUCAUUGAUUAUGUUAUAUGCCUGUGUAGAUUCUAUGGGCAAUGAGAGAAGUAGUUCAACUGUA